AUGAUUCGCAACGUCACCCGUCGACUGCCUCGACGGCCCUUCCGACCAGCAAUUGUUACCUCCAGGGUUCCCGUAUACAGCUAUCUCCGAAUGUCCUCAUCGUUACCGCCAGUCAUUCCCCCAGUAUCCACAUCACUUCCUACAGACUCGUUCCAAUUAUUGUCUACAGCAGAAAAAGCAGGCGAUGCUGAAAAUGCAUUGUUUGAAGAACAAGUGAAAGAGGUCGAGGCGUGGUGGAAGACUCCUCGGUAUGAAGGUAUCAAACGUCCAUACAGCGCGGCAGAUAUCGUCAGCAAGCGCGGUACACUGCAGCAGACAUAUCCAAGCUCAAUUAUGGCCAGGAAGUUGUUCAAUUUGUUGAACGAACGCGCUGCAGAAGGCAAACCAGUCCAUACAAUGGGCGCCAUCGAUCCAGUGCAAAUGACUCAACAAGCUCCAAAUCAAGAAAUUUUGUAUAUCUCUGGUUGGGCCUGUUCCUCUCUCUUGACGUCUACGAACGAAGUGUCACCGGAUUUUGGCGACUAUCCUUAUAAUACAGUACCCAACCAAGUGGAAAGACUUUUCAAGGCGCAGCAAUUACACGACCGGAAACAUUGGGACUCCCGUCGGAAAUUAAGCCCCGAAGAACGAGCGGAGACACCAUACGUUGACUACUUGCGUCCGAUCGUUGCUGAUGGUGAUAUGGGCCAUGGAGGUCUUUCCUCCGUGAUCAAGCUUGCCAAACUUUUUGCCGAAAAAGGUGCCGCCGCCGUGCACUUUGAAGAUCAGUUACAUGGCGGGAAGAAAUGCGGUCAUUUGGCUGGCAAGGUACUUGUGCCAGUAGGUGAACAUAUCAAUCGUUUAGUCGCCGCGCGGUUUCAGUGGGAUUUGAUGGGCACGGAAACACUCGUUAUUGCUCGAUCAGAUGCAGAAAGUGGAAAACUUAUCAGCAGUGCGGUCGAUGUUCGUGACCAUGAAUUUAUCCUUGGUGUGACUGAAGAUUUCGAGCCGCUGGCCGAGACUCUUCAAGCCAUGGAAGCCGAAGGGGUUUCUGGCUCUGAGAUUGAUGCUUUUGAGAGUAAAUGGGUAAAGAGCCACAAGCUUGUCACGAUUGAUGAAGCCAUCGAUGCCCAUUUGAAAGCCCAGGGCGUAUCCCAAGAUGCAAUCAACACAUACUGGAAUCAGGUCAAGGCUAAUCCUGACCUCUCCAUGACUAAGCGCCGCGAUCUUGCCAACGCCCUUACCGAUAAGCCCGUUAUCUGGUCGUGCGAUGUUCCUCGUACUCGUGAAGGCUACUAUCAUUACAAGGCUGGCUUCCCUGCAGCGACCAAGCGAGCCAAGGAGUUUGCCCCUUAUGCUGAUCUUCUCUGGGUUGAAACCGGAGACGCCAACGUUGAGAAGGCUGCUACGCUUGCUGCCAAUGUGCAUGAAGUUUUCCCGGGCAAGAAGUUUGUCUACAAUCUUAGCCCUUCGUUCAACUGGAUGGCCCAGGGAUUUACUGAGGCUACCUUGAAAUCAUUCAUCUGGGACAUUGCCAAGCAUGGGUUCGUUUUGCAGUUGAUUUCUCUCGCUGGUCUUCACACCAACGCCACCAUCACCACUGAGCUCUCUCGCGCCUUCAAGGACGAGGGCAUGCUUGCCUAUGUGCGACUCGUCCAGUCGCGCGAAAAGGAGCUAGGUGUGGAUGUUCUCACCCAUCAGAAAUGGAGUGGUGCUUCAUACCUUGAUGGCAUUCUAGGUUCUAUCCAGAGUGGCAGCAGCAGUAGCAAGAGUAUGGGUGAAGGUAACACCGAAACGGGCUUCUGA